UUUGAUUAAAAACAGGUUUAAUUAAGGGCUUUGUUUCUAAUCUCACUUCGAAUCGAAUCAGCAUUUUCCUUGAUCAUGGCUCUUGCGCAAGGCAAAUGGGUUAAGAUGGAGCAAAAAGGGGUGGGUCCCGGAUCGAGGAGCUCGCACGCAAUCGCAGUCGUUGGCCAGAAAGUGUACGCAUUCGGCGGCGAGUUCUCACCAAGAGUCCCCGUAGAUAACCACCUUUACGUUUUCGAUCUCAAAACCCAAACGUGGUCCGUCGCCGAUGCCAAAGGCAACCCCCCUCCACCACGUGUGGGGGUCACGAUGGCUUCAAUCGGUGCUACCAUCUACGUCUUCGGCGGGCGCGACGGUACCCACAAGGAGCUCAAUGAGUUCUACUCGUUCGACACGCUUACCGACACGUGGGCCCCGCUCAAAAUGGGCCCCGCCCACCGUAGCUACCACUCGAUGACUGCUGACGAGAGGCGCGUCUAUGUCUUCGGAGGGUGCGGAAAUCAAGGGAGGCUUAAUGAUUUAUGGGCUUACGAUGUUGUUGAUGGAGAUUGGAUUGAGUUCCCUUUGCCGGGGGAGAUUUGUAAACCUAGAGGUGGGCCCGGGUUGGUUUCGGUCGUUGGGAAAAUUUGGGUCGUUUACGGCUUUUCAGGUGUGGAGCUUGACGAUGUGCACUACUUCGAUCCGAUUGAGGGGGUGUGGGCCCCCGUGGAGACGAGUGGCGAGAAGCCGACGCCUAGGAGUGUGUUUUCGUGCGUUGGGAUUGGGAAGUUUGUUUUUGUGUGCGGUGGAGAGAUUGAUCCGAGCGAUUUAGGGCAUCUGGGAGCGGGGAGGUUUGUGGGGGAUGUUUAUGCGUUGGAUACCGAAACGUUGGUGUGGAAAAAAUGGGAUGAUGUGACGAGCCCGGAUUGUGACCAUCCGGGCCCGCGGGGGUGGUGUGCGUUUGGCGGUGGGCGCAAAGAGGGGAAAGAUGGGUUGAUUGUUUACGGUGGGAAUUCGCCGAGCAAUGAUCGACUUGGCGAUAUUUUCUUCUUCACUCCUUGUGUUUGAUGAGAAUCGAGACGUGCUUGUGUGGUUAUUGUUUGUUGAUGAUAUGUUUUGUGACCUUUGUAUAACUUUCGUUUUGUGAAUGUGCGCAAUUUCAUGUCGAGCUUAAUAAAAAUUGUCAUUCGAACCGCUCUAGUUCGCUUU